GAGCUCCGUCACUUUCCGUUCGCCUCAACUUUUUCCCCACGGUCAGAAGUGAAGGGUGCAGGAGCGCGCGCGCGCGCGCACGCGCACAGCGCGGCACCGGCUGCGAACCAGGUGUCGGUGACGUGGCUGUGACGCAACGGCAGCUCCGGCCUCAGGUGCGAAGGACGGUUGAGGCCGAACGCCCCGCGGAGAGCCGUGGACACAGAUGGAGAGCAACGUGGCGGAGGUCGGCGGAGAGCCCGGCGGAGAGCCCGGCGACGGGCAGCGCGCGGAGAAGCACGCGGCGGAGUGCGCGCGCGACGGUCUCGCCGACUCGGACGACGAGCACGAGGAGAUGCUGUUCAGAGACUCUCUGAGAGAGCGGCGCAGGGCCAAGUCUCUGCCCGCGUACCCGGAGCAGGCGCGCGCGCUCGAGGCGCUGUCCCGCCGCCGCUGCAGCGGCAGCAACAAGUCCGUGCGCUUCGCCGACUCGCUCGGGUUCUCGCUGGCCAGCGUGAGGCACUACAGCGCGGCCGAGGAGCCCCGCGUGCCUCCCGCGGCGCUCUCCCGGCUGCGGAGCUUCCCGCGCGCGCCGCGCGAGAACUCGCGUCUCGCGCCGGCCGCCGCGCGCCUCGUGCCCGCGUUCCCGAUGCCCGUCGAGUGCGGCAGCUUCGAGGGGCUCGCGAGCCAGCGGCACGUGUCUCUGGAGCAGGUCGUCGCGGGCUUCUUCGACGUGACGGGGCUCAUCAGGGUGCCCGCGUGGUGCCCCGCCACGCACGUGGGCGUGAGGUACACCUUCAACGAGUGGCUGUCGUUUGUGGACGCGCAGGCGGUGCGCGCCGCGCCUCCGGACGCUCGGGGCAGCGCCGACGAUGGGGACUGCGCUCGUGACGACUGCUGUGACAAUGGUGACGAGGAGGGGAGCGGCGCGUGCCAGCGCUUCGCCUUCACCAUGCUCGUGCCCCCGCUCCUGGACGCCAGCAGCUCGGCGGUGCACUUCGCCGUCUACUGCAGGACGGAGCAGGGGGAAUUCUGGGACAACAACGGGGGGCACAAUUACACGCUGCGCUACCAGCGCGGCCCGUGGCGCGAGAGCGCCGACUUGGAGUGACGGCUCACCCGCCCAAGUGCCUCGCGCGUGCUGCACAUACUGCACGUGCCCCUCAGCGGGCAGGUGCCUACAUGUGCUGGAAGGACGGCAACACACACUGGACAAAUUAACAACUUUCUAGAAUCUUCCACGGCUGGAAGGUUGACGGUGAAGCGGUUGAGCUGUCGCCGAGCGCCACGGAAGGUUCCUAGUUCGAAUCCCAACUCCUUGCUGAAGCGGGGCAGUAAAAUUACCCUGCUGUACACAUGGGUUCAUCAUGCAGAAGUUGAUCGUGUGACAGGUUGGGGGUGGGGGCAUCAGAUAAAUCUUAUGUUUUAAAGCAUAAUUAAGGCUAUCUGAAUUAAACUCGUUAUUUUUUCCGUUAGAAAAUCAUUUUCUAUUGCUUCCAUAUGGGUCAGUGGGACCUGGACCCCAAACAGCCCAUUGAAUUUGAAACGUGGUUCCCUAUGAGCCUGUUCUGUGGGCUGCGGGCCGCUACGGACGUAAAGGACGCUCAGUGGACCCUGUCGUUCAACCCAGCGAAACGUGUUCAAACCGGGAACCUCUGGAGGAAGAAAAAAAAGUUUUUUUUUU